AUGAACGUUAUUAACAGUUUCUUAGAAGAAAUCAACCAAACGCUGUCGCUACAAUCCGAUCAGAAAAUUUCUCAGCUUACAAGGGUAUUGUCCAUUAUUCCAAGUAACAAUGCCUAUAUAUCCAAAAUAAACACAACUACAAACGGUAUUGAGUUCAAGGCUAUAGCUACAGUAUACGACGAUGAUUGGCCGGCAUUUAAUAAUGUUGUUUGUAGUUUUCUUAAAUUAUGUGACGAGAUAGAUCCUUUGUCAUUGCUUAAAUCGUUUGAUCUAUACACGGCUUACUUAAAUGAUUUAUCCAUCGCAUUCAACAAUAACAAGUAUGGAUGGUUGUUGUCUAAUAUAGUUAGAGAAUCUAGCGACCUAAUUAUACAAUGGGCUGUCAAGCUAGAUUUGCAAUUGUAUUAUCACGAACAGGGGGGAAGGUACAGGUUAAAUUAUUUGGCGUCAGUUCUAUUGAAAAUGUUUAACCACAUCCGCUCACAAAUUAAUGAUAUUAAUAGUUAUAAAAGGUCGCUAAUAUUAUACCUUGGGAAUAAGUUGUGUCUAAUUUAUUUUAAAAUUGACAAUCCGUUGUUGUGCAGAAACAUUUUCAGCAACAUGAACAACACUAACUUGCAUCUAUCUGAUUUUACUUUAAUGGAACAGCUACAAUACCGCUAUUAUCUCAGCAAAUUCUACUUAAUUAAAUAUCAAUUACUAGAUAGCUUUUUCCACUUGUCGUGGUGUUUAACUAACUCUCUUGCUAAGAGUACCAAAAAUACAAACAUGAUUUUGGAGUUGUUGAUACCGAUUAGCUUGGCAUUAGGUAAAAUACCCAAUUUCAAGUAUAUUAGGCAAAUCUGUAAUGAAACCUGGUUAAAUUUUUAUGACGUUUUAUCCCAGCAAAUCAAGUCGGGAGAUGUCUCGCUGUUUGAUGAAGCAAUAGAGCAGAAUUAUCAAUACUUGAAAGAUAAGAAUGUUCUUCUAUUAAUGAAUAAAGUGCGACUAGUAAUUACAAGGAAUCUAGUUAAGAAUAUAUGGAAGAUAUUAGGUAAACCGAACAAUUUAGAUUAUGAUAGCAUCAAAGCAGCUGUGAGAAGGAUUGAUGAUGAUUAUUUGGUGGAGAAUAUUCUCAUUUCAUUAAUUGAUCAGAAUUUGCUCAAGGGAAAGAUUUUUACUAGACUAAGAAAAGUGGCAUUGAGUAAGAAUGAUCCAUUCCCCCCAGUCUAUGAUAUAUAUAAUUUAAAAUUCCCGAGUAAAAAGGGCGUGGAAUGGAUGUGA